AUGUAUGUUGAUCCCCGAAUCCUAUGUGUAUCCAAUGACCUGGUGUUUCAUUAUAGACCGGCCGUGGCGCGCCAGCAGUCGGCGCCGACCCUGGUGUUUAGGCGCUUGGCAGACGAAGAUGAUGAGUUAUCAGAAGUUCAACCUGACGCUGUACCUCCAGAAGUCAGGGAAUGGUUGGCUUCGACGUUUACCAGGCAGCUGGCGACAGCAAAACGAAAGUCGGAUGAGAAGCCCAAGUUCAAAUCAGUAGCGCACGCGAUCAGAGCUGGUAUCUUCGUGGAUAGGAUCUACAGGAGGGUAACCAGCACUGCGCUGAUGCAGUUUCCUCAAGACGUCGUUAGAGUUCUAAAAACGUUGGAUGAAUGGUCUUUUGACGUAUUUGCGUUACACGAAGCAGCGGGCGGUUAUCCAGUGAAAUAUCUUGGAUACGAACUCCUUAACCGCUACGGAAUGAUACAUAAAUUUAAAGUACAGCCUCCAACUUUGGAAAACUUUCUGAGCCGGAUAGAGGAGGGGUACUGCAAGUUUCAUAACCCAUAUCACAAUAAUCUUCAUGCUGCAGACGUUGCGCAAACUGUACACUAUAUGCUAUGUCAGACUGGACUUAUGAACUGGUUAUCAGACUUGGAAAUCUUCGCGACCCUUGUGGCGGCUAUCGUUCAUGACUUCGAGCAUACUGGCACCACCAACAAUUUCCACGUGAUGUCCGGUUCAGAUACAGCACUGCUCUACAACGACCGAGCUGUCCUGGAAAAUCAUCAUAUAAGUGCUGCUUUUAGGUUGAUUAAAGAAGAAGAGAACAAUAUCCUGCUAAAUCUCUCACGAGACGAGUUCCGUGAGUUCCGUACGCUGGUGAUCGACAUGGUGUUAGCUACGGAUAUGUCCUUCCACUUUCAACAGUUGAAGAACAUGAGGUCUCUUCUCUCGCUCGCUGAACCUGCUGUGGACAAAUCCAAAGCCGUUUCACUCGUGCUGCAUUGCUGUGAUAUCUCCCAUCCAGCUAAGAGAUGGGACCUCCACCAUCGAUGGACUAUGAGCCUUCUGGAUGAAUUCUUCUUGCAAGGAGACAAGGAGAGGGAACUCGGUCUUCCAUUCAGUCCUCUUUGUGAUAGGAACAACACGCUUGUAGCUGAAUCUCAGAUUGGAUUCAUCGAUUUCAUUGUGGAACCCAGUAUGGGGGUAUGUGCCGAUAUGUUGGAAUGUAUUCUGGGUCCUUUGCAUUCUAACACAAAGAAUUCGUCUAGUACAGCUGGUCACGACUCUAUAAGUGAAGACAGUGGGGUCGCAGAAUUAACAAAAUUCAAAAUAAAGAAACCUUGGGUUGCUUGCCUUAUGGACAACAAGAAGAUUUGGAAAGAACAAGCAGCAAAAGACGCUGAAGACAGAGCCAGGUUGGAAGAAGAGUCCAACGGUGCACCACCACAACAGCCGGAUGAAUAA